UGUGGGAAGGCCUUUGGUAAACGUUCUCACCUUAGAGCACAUGACAUAAAUCAUACUGAAAAGAAGAAACCAUUUGAAUGUCCUCGAUGUGGAAAAACCUUCACUCAUCAUUUUUACCUUAGACGACAUGAGAGAAUUCACACUGGAGAGAAACCAUAUCAAUGUCUUCUUUGUGGCAAAGCCUACACUACUGAUUCUAACCUUAGGUCACAUGAGAGAAUUCACACUGGCGAGAAACCGUAUGAAUGCCAUGUAUGUGGGAAAGCCUUCAAAACAUCUUCUCAUCUUCGAAGCCAUGAGAGAACUCACAGUGGAGAGAAACCCUAUGAAUGUCACCGAUGUGGGAAAGCCUUCACUCAGUGUUCAUCCCUUAGACAACAUGAGAGAACUCACAAUGGAGAGAAACCAUAUGAAUGCUCUUUAUGUGGGAAAGCCUUCACCAGUGGUACUGGCCUUAGAAUACAUGAGAGGACUCAUACUGGAGAGAAACCCUAUCAGUGUCAUAUAUGUGAGAAAACUUUCACUACUGUAGUGUUCUUAAACUACAUGUCAGGACACACAUGGAGAGAAACCCUAUGA